UUUCAGAAUCAGUUUUUAGGGAAAAUGGAGGAAAGUGGCAAUGGAGAAAUUCCGGCUAGCACAACGUCCGAUAACACAGCUGGCGCUGUUGGAUGGUACAGUCGAUUUCAGGGAAUGAUUGCGGAUGAGUUGCCUCCAGAAUAUAUGAAAUUCCUUGUGUUGGAUUAUCUGAUCUCCCAGGGAUACAGGGAGGCAGCAGAAUAUUUGUGCGAAGAUGCUUCUAUACCGUUCCCGAGAGAUGCAAUUGAAAAUUUGGAUCAGCGAAUGCGAAUUCGUGAUGAUAUUGUAGAAGGGAAGAUACAAAAUGCAAUUGAAAAAGUUGUGAAUGUUGUGCCCGAUUUGUUGGAACGCAAUCCAGUUCUUCAUCUUCGUUUACUUCAACAACAUCUCAUUGAACUUAUUCGCAACAAAAUGGUAGAAGAAGCCGUUGCUUUUACGCAGUCUAUUGUUGAAAAAGUGGAUGCACAUCCUGAAAUGGAAAAAGAAAUGCAAAAAGCUUUUGCAAUGAUUGCUUUUGAAAAACCUGAGGAUUCGCCAUACACAUAUCUAUUAGAAAUGAGUCAUCGUCAGAUGGUUGCCAACGAUGUAAAUAGCGCCAUUCUUGAAGCUCUAAAUAAACCGUCUGCACCGAAGUUAGAGAAUCUUUUCCGAUUGAUCUUGUGGUCCAAAAACGUGUUGAAACAUAGCGAUACACCGGAAACUUUAGAGCGCCUUUUCAAUGGACAAUGACGUUUUGGUGCAAGAACACGAUUGGCUUCGAAUGUCCAUUCCUGUACUAUACUGUUCAAACUGCUUGUGAGUACCUCAAAUCUUCACACAACUUGUCUUUCCGAAGCAGGCAGGCAUUCUUAAUGUUACCAUUCGGAAGUUCUAAAUUAUCUUUAUAGUGAAAUUUUUAUGUAUGAAUAUAUUUGUAUACUUUGCAUUGUAUCCAAUAUACCAGUGAUUUCUCAAAUUUGAAACUUUAUUUAGGGGUUUUUUUGACAAUUGUAAGAAGUUUGCUACAAUUUGAUUUUGUUGCUUACAUUAUGUUGUAAGUUUUGCAUGG